AUGACCCACGUGUCAGCAGAUGGCUUUACAACAGGCUUUCUUGAUCAUUCUGACCAGCCUCAGUCCCACAGGAAUGGUAACGAUGCCUCUCACAAACAGAUGACCCACGUGACAGCAGAUUGCACUACUCCAGGUUCUGUUGAUCAUUCUGACCAGCCUCAGUCCCACAUGAAUAUGUCAUUUGCAAACGAUGCCCCACAGAAACAGAUUGCACUACUCCAGGUUUUCUGUCCAGCCUCAGUCCCACAUCAAGACGUCAUUGGCAAACGAUGCCCCUCAGAAACAGAUUCUUGCACAGCACACAUGGGAAGCGUGGUCAGAGGAUAUUUUGGGCGAUGCUUUCAUUGUCUGCUGAUGGAGCCGUACUUAAGAGCUUCCCCCUGCACUCCACAUGGAGAGGACCAAAACCCAGACCCCACAAGACCUUACCCCCUGCUCUCCACGCCACAGGGACAGGACAGAGACCCAGCUAAGAUGCCACAGUGGGGGGGGGGAGCCGCCUGUGCUGCCUGUCAGAAGACUGUUUAUCACGCCGAGGAAAUCCAGUGCAACGGUCGCAGCUUCCACAAGACCUGCUUCAUCUGCUUGUCUUGUCGCAAAGGCCUGGACAGCCACACAGUCACCGCCCACGACUCGGAAGUCUACUGUAAAUCCUGCUACGGGAAGAAGUACGGUCCAAAAGGCUACGGCUACGGACAAGGGGCCGGAGCACUGAGCUCGGAGCCCGGCACCCAGGCCUCUUCUCACCUACAGUCCAAGUCGUCUUCUUCCUCCUCCUCUUCCUCCUCGAAGAUCAGUCAGAAGUUUGGUUGUAGUGACCGCUGUCCUCGUUGCUCCAAAGCCGUGUAUGCGGCCGAGAAAGUCAUGAGCGCCGGAAAGCCGUGGCACAAGACGUGUUUCCGCUGCGCUCUGUGCGGGAAGAGUCUGGAGUCCACAACGGUGACCGAUAAAGACGGAGAGGUCUACUGUAAAGUGUGCUACGCUAAAAACUUUGGACCUAAAGGCUUCGGUUUGGGGAACGAGGCCAUGCUGGAGGAGAGGGAGUGA